UGUCUUUUUACAAGUGCUGACAGACUAAAACACCGGAUUACAACCACAGAAAUCUUCAAAAUUGUUUUCCAAAGACCCCUCAAACUUUACUGAAGUCUGGAGCGUCUUGCAUUGAAGGCAAGUGGUUGCAAGAAUCAACCAUUCCAYGAGCUCAAGUCUUGGAUAAGUCAUCCGUGAAUGAAGUUGACGUUCUGUGAAAUCUUCUUGUGUAGUAAGAAUUUGCUUUCACAAUCAAAAACAGAAUUAUCGAGGUGGUUUAAAUUGAUUAACUACUUCUUGGACAGCACUCUCGAUAAUAUACGGUAUUUCUCAAUGCUAGAAACCAAAGAAAGUCGAAGAUUUCUCCAUUGUAAACAAAAGGUUGAAGAUCAUCGUACGAAUUGUAUUCGCUCGAAACACCGUUAGCAAUCAACUUUUUGGUGGCGAAAGACUUAACAAUCUCUACUAAAUUCAAGGACUUUAAAGCGAAGAAUUUGGGUUUCAGUUCAAUUUGACUGGCAGCAGAAUUGGCUCAUACUUGCAGAAAAAUCUGGAUUCCCCAGAUUUUUAAACAACGGUUUCCAUAAAAUUUCUCGUAUUUUAAUUCCUACGAUAUACGAGCGCGUUGGCAACUUUGUGACUCUAUGGUUUAAAUGUGAAAGCGCAUAUUUUUGAACAACAAAGAAUAGGAAAGUUAUUGGAACAUUUUUCAGUUUGGAAAGAAAACUACGAAUUUAGAAACAGAAGAAAAAUAACAGGGUUUUGUAAUUGUUAUAUCGACUUAUUUUCCAGCAAUACCGAAGAUUUUUUGCGAAAGUUUUUGAAAGAGAUUGGCCAAAUUUGGGCCACGUCYGUCAACAUUGGUCUAGUGUUGGUCACGUGACUAAUGGUCUAUAUGGGUUUCUAUGGGAGCAGCCCUACAGACGCUUGGUUUAGSGGAAGUAGCGAGUGAAAUCGCUUGCUGUGCUGGCUCAGCGGCCUGCGGUCUUCUGUGCAAGAGAAAGGGAAGUAAUACACAGGGAGCCCGCUCCAAGCUAAUAUUUCUGUUGUUUUUAGGCCUUGCUAACGUCAUGAGCUUUAUCAUGCUAGUACCAGAUAUGAGAAAACACUUAGAUAGCAUCCCGUACCUAUGUGAUACCAUCUCCUCGCCGAAAAUGUGCGACAACUUGGUCGGGUAUUCGRCAGCCUAUCGGGUCUUCUUCGUGAUGUCGGUGUUCUUUUUCACCUUCAGUAUCCUCACCUACGACGUCACCUCGACAAAACAAUUCCGAGCGCGUUUGCAUAACGGAUUUUGGUACAUCAAGCUUUCUAUAUUAACGCUUCUCUUUAUUGCUGCCUUUAAUAUUCCAAACUUCUCUCAAUUUGGGAUGAUUUGGAUGUAUGUUGGAUUAACCGGCGGGUUUAUGUUCCUUCUUUUACAAGUCGUUUUUAUCAUUGAUUUUGGGUACUCAUGGAGCGCAAGUUGGGCUGAGAAAAUGGACGUUUUAAAUACAAAAUGUUGGUUCUUUGCGCUUGCAUUUGCWACUGCUAUAGUCUACGCACUCUCGCUUUGCGCAGCCGCAGUACUUUACAUCUAUUUCACCAAUCCCGUCGAUAUAUCCCAGUGCAAGGCGAAUACCUUUUACAUCAGUUUUAACGUCGCUCAUUGCGCUUUAGCCACCAUAAUUUCUAUUCUACCUCAGAUACAACAAGAGGCAAACGGAGCUGGUCUUCUACAGUCUUCAGUUGUGACAAUAUAUACAAUGUAUCUGACCUGGAACACAUUGUCUAGUCAGCCAGAUAGCAUGUGCAAUCCCCUGGGGGAUGUAAUACUCGAGUAUGAUAAAGCCUCAGGGGUGAAUGGACAGGCUGUUUUUGGCUCCGUUUUGACAUUCGCGUUGUUGACGUUCGCUUGUACUGUCCGCGCGAGCACGUCACAACUUGGAAAACUCGGACUAGCUUUGUCGGAUAACCCCGAGUAUCUUCGAAAAAGCCGACAAGUAAAUAGAAGAAAAAGUAAAAAAGAAAAUACGAGUAAUAGAAAACAAUAUGACRAAGAGGAUCAAGAAGAAAAUGAAGACAUAGCGUAUAGUUAUUCUAUAUUUCAUUUUAUGUUAUUCUUAGCGUCGUUGCACUUAAUGAUGGUGAUUACGAACUGGCAUAGCCCAGACGAAGCGGAGGACUUCAAGAAGCUCAUCAAAAACUGGUCAGCGGUUUGGGUCCAGAUGUCUGCUAGUUUUAUAUGCUGCCUGGUGUAUAUUUGGACACUUGUAGCCCCCUUGAUAAAACGGACCUGGGRGGACGUUUUAGGACUGGAGCCCGAGCCACCUCGAAGGCCUACAGCACGAAGGCCCAGCGUGCACCAGUUAAAAAAGGACUUGAAAGAUAUUCAAGAGCGUAGAAAAUCUGCGACAAUCAAUGAACCAUUUGUAAGGCAAACUGGUUUAGCUAACGAACUGAAACGACGUAAUAGUCCUUCCAAAAAUACGGCUUCCGAAUCAGAUUUAGCUACCCGAGCGGUUUCCGAGAGUCCUUCGGUGAAAACUCGGAAAGAGCUCGGGCAGUCCGAAAUAACUAUUCAUAAAGGUGAACAUCACACUAGAGACAUUAAUGAGUCAACAUUUGGUCCGGAAACUACCCGAGCUGAUGCGAUGCACAUCGACCUACCAAUGGGACGUAGCUCACCGAUUCUAGAAGAACCGAAUGAAAUCCGGGUGGCUUCGGCUGCAUCCGGAAGAGUCUCGGAUCCACUUCGGCCGGUCGCGAUUCAGAUCGAGCAUCCAUUCGUUAGAACUGCGAAAACUGUAGACUUGAAUCACCAAACAAAUCCUGAAACUACUCAACAGAUUCUGAGACUACAAGAAAGAAUAUUAAGAUUUCAAGCCAAAAUUGUUAAGAUUCAACAUAAAAUGUUGUAUUUACAGCAAACUGGUGAAAAAUUAGAGUCGCCCGUUCGACAAGUGGAAGCGAAAAAGGGAUGAAGUAUCCCAGAGGCUGCGAUUCUUUUGGUCGCCGUCAAACACUUAUAUAUUUAUAUGUAUUUUGUAUCAUAUAUUUCUAUUUUAUUUAUACAACAUUCUUUGUAUAUAACUAAAGCURUAUGUAUAUACAUUGCGCACUUUUAUAGAAAAUAAAUGAAAGG